AAAAUGACUGAGUUUAAAGAAGUAUAUUCUUUAAGUAUUUAGGAUAAAUUCUUUAAUAAAUCUGGAGAAUCUGAAGAUUCAGGAGAUAAAUUAAGAAAGAAAAUCUAAAAGUCUAAAAAUUAAAGUGGAAUAUCUAGUACUUCAAAAAUUAGAGAAAUGUUUAAAAAAUAAUAAUUCAAAGAGAUUGUAAAUUGGGCUGAGAAAGAUUCAAAUAAUACAAUUAUAAAUGAAUAUGAUGAAAUUAAGGUGAAUUCACAAACUUUGAAAUUAGGACAAAAUGCAUUAAUAAAAAAUGCAAACAAUCCAUCUGAAGAUUAUGUAGGUAAAAUAUAGAGAAUAAUUACAAUAAAUGAAAAUAAAUCAUCAAAACUAAUUUGUCUUUGUGAAGUUAGAUGGUAUUAACAAUAGUUUAUAUUAGGUUUUAUCGUAAAAGUGAAGUGAUUAAAUUUAGACCUUAGGCUAAAGCUUGGAUCUCAAAUAGUGAAGUGUUUAAUACAACUUGUACAGAUUAUAUUUUGGCUUCAGCAAUUAUAUCUCCUUGCAUAAUUUAUUCUUUAGAAGAAUAUGAAAGUGCAUAGACUAUAGAUAAAUGCACAUUCUUUACAAGAUUAGGUUGGAUACCAAGCAAGAAUCGAUUUGAAGGUUUUAUGAAAUUAUAAAAUCAUUGUACUUGUAAAUAACCACUAAAUCCUGAUUUACCUUCUAUUUAGGUAUGCAUUCACUAAUCUUUAGUGUGAUAAAUGUUAGAAAUGGUACCAUAUGAACUGUGUUGGAGUAACCAGAGCAGAUUAUGAUUAAAAAGAUUAUAUCUGUGGAUGUUGUAGAUGAAAUAUAAUUAAAAGC